AUGAAGGCGGACAUAAAGGUGCACACCCGAAUGUUUGUCACCGCAUGCGCGGAGUGCCCGAAACAGAAACGCUACCUCACCUCUCUACAGGCAGACCCCCCCAGGCCCCGCCAUGUCUUCAUGCUGCUGAAGAAGUACGUUCGUGCGGAGCAGAAGGACAGACAGCACACCCUCAAACACUUUGAGCACGUGCGCAUGGUGGACCCCAAAAAGGCCGCUCAGAUCCGCCCCCAGGUUCUGACCCACCUCAGAGUGAUAGAGGAGAGGAUGAACCAGUCGCUGGGGCUGCUGUACAAGGUGCCGGGGGUCUCUGAUCAGAUCCACGACCAAGUUGAGGAGCUGAUGAGGAGGGAGCAGACCGGCGUGUCCCAGCAGGUGUCCUCUCUGCAGAGUGACGUACGGGUCAGUUACGGUAAUGACGCUCUGAUGCCCGACCUGCCGGACAGCACCGCCGCGGUGGACCUCCUGCUGCCUGAGGAGGGGCGGGGCUUCAUCCACCCCGAGAGCUUUGGCCAGGCCAACACCCAGAACCAUGUUGAACCUGUAGAUGUGCGUCCUGCCCCAGACAGGGGACUUCCCACAAGGCCAGGCUCUGGACUGAAGUUUGGAGAGAUUCCUGAGCUCAGAAUGGAGACUGAGGAGAGACACAGUGCUGGAUAUGAGGUUCAUCAUCAAAAACUGGUAUUCUUUGCCGAGGACGUGGGCUCCAAUAAGGGCGCCAUCAUUGGGCUGAUGGUGGGCGGGGUCGUCAUAGCAACUGUAAUCGUCAUCACCCUGGUGAUGUUGAGGAAGAAGCAGUACACUUCCAUUCACCAUGGAGUGAUAGAGGUGGAUGCCGCGGUCACCCCAGAGGAGCGCCACCUGUCUAAGAUGCAGCAGAACGGCUAUGAGAACCCCACCUACAAGUUCUUUGAGCAGAUGCACAACUGAGACCCUGCCCCUCAGCCCGUAACCCCGCCCCUUACCCUGUAACCCCGCCCCUUACCUCGUGACCCCACCCCUUACCCUGUAACCCCGCC